ACCCACUGAUGGCUUCACGCGGCUUUUGCGACCCGCCGUGUGCUGUAUUGUGAUGAUAUUAAUCCACUUCUUUGUCAGAUGUUUGUGUCAAAUAUUAUCAUCUAAACAUAUGGAACUUUCCUGAAGAUUACAAUGAAGUUACGCGCUAAUGUUCGGACCAGGAAGUGGCAUUAGUUCCGCCGCCCUGUUUCUAGUCGGACACCAUAACAUUGAAGAAGUGGUGGCUUUGUUGUGUAUUUCCGUGAAAAGAUCUGCCGAAGAAGCACAGACUGGUUGAUGGAUCCUGUUCACAAAGACCUGCUGAGGAAACACACCCUGGGCCUGUGCGAGGACCUGCUGGUCAGCGACACCAUCGUUCCGUUCUUGUACCAGGAGGACAUUUUAACGGCGGCGCAGGUGGAUGAAGUCCAGUCUCAAAGCACAGACCGGAAAAGGAAUCUGAAGCUACUGGACAUUUUGCCGAACCGCGGGCCGCGAGCUUUCCACUGCUUCAUGCAAGCUCUGGACUUCGAAUUCAGCUGGCUCAAAGACCGUCUGCUUCUAGAUCUGCGAGCCCGAACCGAACCCGGAUCCAGCUGUUCACGUCUUAAUGAAACACCAGCGCCUGGUGGACAUGGCGACAUCUGGUGUCUUCCUUGCUCGCUUGGACAGAAAAUUCCUUCCGAUCAGGAGCUGUCCCGCCUGGCAUCUCUUCUGGGUGGUGAGUGGGAGGCUGUGCUGAUGGAUUUAGGCGUGUCCGCCGCCGCCUUGUAUCGCUGCCGGGCCGAUCACACCCUCAGCCAUCACGGCACCACGCUGGCCGCUCUGUUGCUAUGGAGACAAUCUGAGGGGAAGAACGCCACCCUGCACCGACUGGAGCGGAGUCUGCAGGCGGCCGGCGUCCAUCCGUCUGUCCUGAAAGAUGUCCUGCUGUGAGACGGAAGACGGGAGGACACCUGCGGACGAGUCCACAUCAGCUGGACACGCUACCCCAAGCGGAAGAUGAAGACUCACAGCGUCUGGAAGCUGACGUCCAUGGCGGUGUUCCACUCCCCAGGACGGAACUUCUCCCACGUCAACAAGCCGCUCAAACCUUGUCCUCCGCAGGCCGCGUCUCUGUGGCUCGUCUCCGGUUCCGCUGAAGAGUCCUGCGAGCCGCUUCGUCUUCUUUUACUGACAGGGGAGCUGAACAGGAAGACUUCUUACAACACUUCCUGUUGUCACUGUCAAUCCAAUGGAACUCACCUGGUGUGUGGUAUGGAGGCGGAGCCUGGCAAGCUGGUGGAUGCAGGCGGGGCCGAAGCCGUCCAGGGGACGCCGUGCGUUGACGGCGAAGGAAGGCAACAUCUAUCUGAAUGCAGCAAGUGUCCACCUGAGCGCUGUGUGGGCGGGACCGCUGAGGACGCACACCUGACCACGGACGAGGCGGGGUCGUGGCUCAGCAGGCGAUCAGGAGGGAUGUAGGCGUGGUCUGCAAAGAAGGCGCAGUUAGCAAGCUGCCUUGCUACCAUGGGCUGGUUGGACCAAUAGGAGGGCUCCAUUUGCAAAUCUGUCAAGACGACGCGCUAACGUUAGCAUUAGCACUUGGCUGAGAGAUUGUGUUUUAGCCAACUCCUGACCUGGGAUCUGCUCAGGAGAGCAGGCCUCGGAGUCAGGUGGGGAGUCAGGAAGCGCGCUGGAAGUUUGAAGAAGACAAAAGACGCGUAAGAGACUCGUGUUGCUCCUGCAACUCCUCUGUUUAGCUCACAAAGUGUUCGGGUCCAAGUCACUGCUCAGGUAGCGCUCCAGGAUGCUGGUAUCCACGGCUACAGAACUGUCCAGAACAUGACUCACAUCCCGACCUGCACAGGAUCACAUGACCUUCAUAAUUCCCAGUUCUCAUGUACGUAGUGUAUAUACUCUCCCGUCCCUCCCAUUUUUUGUAUAUAUUGUUUUUCAAAUCACCUGACAUGUAUACUGUGUAUAUGUACAUAAUUUAUCAAUUUUUUCAUAUAAUUUUUUACAUACAUGUUGCGGGUAAUAUAUCUUUUAUUAUUGAAUGUAUCAAAUGUGAUGAAUAUUUAAUGGACCACAAUGGAAACAAGCCUUUUGGCUUUUUGUGCCAUCCAUUUGCCUUUUUAAAGCAUUACAUGGAUUCAAUUCUUUAAGAUGUCAAUAAACUUGUCAAUCAAUCAAUCAAAGUUUUAGACAACUACGCCUCAGCCAGAACCUUCUCAACACCAAAACCUCUCGAACAGGGGUGUCAAACGUACGGCCCGCAGGCCAGAUCAGGCCCGCGAACAGGUUUUAUCCGGCCCGCGUGAUGAGUUUCCCAAGUAUUAAAAUGAGCUGCAUUUUUUUUUAAAUGUGUCCACUGGAUGUCAUAAUAGCAAUUCUGUUAGGACUAGCAAGAGGUACAAAGUAAAACGUGGCUGCGGCUCCUCUCCCUCGACCCAAAUGAAACUUAAAACCCGUUUUAUGUCCUCUGCUUCGAACACAUCGUUAUUUGGCACCCUUACUCCCCCGUAAUGUCUCUGUCAAAAACGAGAAAACUUAACCCUUUUGAAUAGUUUUUACCUCCGUUUCUUACGUUUUGUUGAGUUAGCACUGGAUUGAUACAUGGACAUGACAAAGGAGGUAUUUGAUACCUAGAAGAGUUUACAUGUUGUGUUUUUUGUUCAAUCCCAGAAAGACUGACUUAAAGUUUAAUCCUGGCUUUGUAGAUGCACUGAGACAAAGUCUAAGCUCAUUGUGUUCUUCAUUGUGUUUUUGAAACUGCACCAAUUCCCUCAGAAUUUUCAACAAACUUGAAGUGUUUUGUCCAGAGGAUUAUUUGUGAUUUGUACGUUUUCAUAAAUUAAAGUUAAAGUACCGUAUUUUUCUGACUAUAAAUCGCAGUUUUUUUCAUAGUUUGGCCGGGGGUGCGACUUAUACUCAGGAGCGACUUAUGUGUGAAAUUAUUAACACAUUACCGUAAAAUAUCAAAUAAUAUUAUUUAGCUCAUUCACGUAAGAGACUAGACGUAUAAGAUUUCAUGGGAUUUAGCGAUUAGGAGUGACAGAUUGUUUGGUAAACGUAUAGCAUGUUCUAUAUGUUAUAGUUAUUUGAAUGCCUCUUACCAUAAUAUGUUACGUUAACAUACCAGGCAUGUUCUCAUUUGGUUAUUUAUGCCUCAUAUAACGUACACUAAUUCAGCCUGUUGUUCAAUAUUCUUUAUUUAUUUUAAAUUGCCUUUCAAAUGUCUAUUCUUGGUGUUGGGUUUUAUCAAAUAAAUUUCCCCAAAAAAUGCGACUUAUAUAUGUUUUUUUCCCUUCUUUAUUAUGCAUUUUCGGCCGGUGCGACUUAUACUCCGGAGCGACUUAUAGUCCGAAAAAUAGGGUACCAAUGAUUGUCACACACACACGAGGUGUGGUGAAAUUUGUCUUCUGCGUUUGACCCAUCCCAUUGUUCACCCCCUGGGAGGUGAGGGGAGCAGUGGGCAGCAGCGGUGCCGUGCCCGGGAAUCAUUUUUGGUGAUUUAACCCCCAAUUCCAACCCUUGAUGCUGAGUGCCAAGCAGGGAGGUAAUGGGUCCCAUUUUCAUAGUCUUUGGUAUAACUCGGCCGAGGUUUGAACUCACAACCUACCCAUCUCAGGGCGGACACUCUAACCACUAGACCACUGAAUGUGCUAUUUUUGGCCAAUGUAAACAACCUGGAGUUGUCUUUAUUUUUAAGUUAUCAUGCCAUGAUUUUACCAUUCCGGCCCAUUGGGGAAUAGAUGUUCUUCCAUGCGGCCCCUGAGCUAAAACGAGUUUGACACCCCUGCUCUAGAACAACAAACCCUCUGGAGGCCUUCCAGACCGCCACAAAACCAAGAUACAAGUGAGCAUAUUCUAGAAGGCGCAAGAUGAUUCUCACCACCAAAGAACUGCUGCAGCGCCUCCUUCUCGCCGUGCACGUGAGGUUCCAUGCUGGCAGGCAGGGGGCGCUGAGAAGGAGCACAUAUCAUUUCAGUUCAAUUGAUAGUAUGUUCUACCAGAGCAGUACAGAGGUGAUGCUAAGAAAUAAGUACCAUCCACCCAUCCAUUUUCUAACGCGUGUCCCUUUUGGGGUCACGGGGGGUGCUGGAACCUAUCUCAGCCCAAUAACAUUAUUUAGGAAGUUUGUUCGAGCUCACCCGCCUAUUGGCCCAAGAUGGCCGCUCCGGGUUCUGACCGCUGGCUCUCAGGAUUCUCCCUCCUGCUGGGCCUCAGGUACAAUCCAUUAGGGACUUUGAACUUCUACGUGUGGAUCCUAGCAGCUUCUUCUUCUUCUUGUCAAAUGUCACCGAUUGAACCACUUAGAAGAGUUAUUCUCUUCUGUGUGGCGUCUUGCGUGUCUCCUUUCUGUCCGUUGGACUUUGAGCUUUGAGCAGGAAGUAGCAGCUCUACACACCCCCUUUGUGCGUGUGCUUGUGUAUGCGUGCCAGUGUUUUAAAAAAGGUCAAAGAUGCUAAUGAACAUGGACUUAAUUGUGUUAGUUUUAUAUGUAAUUAUUAACUAUACAAUGUCUGCUUUAAUAUAUAAAAUAUAUAUUGUGUUUAUUUAUUACACAACAGUGUUUCUGUCACCUUUACCCCUUUGUUGUUGGAUUGAUUUAUACAUUUAUUACUGAAUAAACUAUCUACACUAUUAUCUUUAUCAUUACAUGUCUUUAUUAUUUGAUGUACAAUAUUAAGUACUUAAGUACCAAUGAUUGUCACACACACACUAGAUGUAGUGAAAUUCGUCCUCUGCAUUUGACCCAUCCCCUUGUUCACCCCCUGGGAGGUGAGGGGAGCAGUGGGCAGCAACGGUGCCGCGCCCGGGAAUCAUUUUUGGUGAUUUAACCCCCAAUUCCAACCCUUGAUGCUGAGUGCCAAGCAGGUAGGUAAUAGGUCCAAUUUUUAUAGUCUUUGGU